AUGGAUUCCGACCACAGCCAGCAGCAGCCAAUUGCUAUUGUUGGUAUGGCAUGUCGUUUGCCUGGUGAAGUGACGAACGCGGACAAGCUAUGGGACCUCUUGUGCGAAGGGCAUACUGGUUGGUCUGAGGUCCCAGAGAGUCGCUUUCAAGAACAGUCUUUCUAUCACCCUGACAGCAAGAGGAAUGGGGCGUUCCAUACUCGGGGUGGUCAUUUCCUCGAGGAGGAUAUCUCGCGGUUUGAUGCUCCAUUCUUUAAUAUCAGUCCUGCGGCAGCAAAGGCCAUGGACCCUCAGAUUCGACUACUACUAGAAUCCGCUUAUGAAGCCUUUGAGAGCAGUGGCAUGACCUUGGACCAACUCCGAGGAACAGAUACAGCUGCCUACGUGGCACUAUACAAUCGUGAUUAUGAAAAGAUACUUAUGCGCGACCCCGAAGAUCUCCCUUUCUACUUUCAGACUGGCAAUGGCGAGGCGAUGCAUUCAAAUCGGCUUUCGUACUUUUUCGAUCUGCAUGGGCCCUCCUUUACCCUAGACACCGGGUGCAGUGGUGGCCUAGUAGCACUGCAUCAGGCAUGCCAAAGUAUCCGCAACGGCGAAAGCAGCCAAGCCAUUGUUGGAGCACCGAACCUGAUCUUGGAUCCAGCAGGCAUGAUCGGCCCUAGCUUUCUUCAGUUCUACGCAUCAGAUGGUCGCAGCAAGUCUUUCGAUGAUAGCAGUGAUGGAUAUGGCCGUGGCGAAGGUGUGUGCACGCUGGUGCUGAAGCCCCUAUCGGCGGCAAUUGCAGAUAGCGACCCCGUUCGUGCUGUCAUCAGGAGUUCAGUCAUCAACCAGGAUGGGCGCACCACAGGAAUCACUGUUCCCAGCGAAGAGGCCCAAAACUCCCUGAUACGUUCUGCAUAUGCUGCAGCUGGGCUGGAUCCAGCUGAUACAAGCUUCGUCGAGGCUCACGGGUCCGGCACUGCCGUCGGAGACAUGACCGAAAGUCGCUCCAUUGGGGCAGUCAUCGGCAAGGCUAGGGACGCGCAGGGCCGCGGUCCAGUGAUUAUGGGCUCCGUCAAGGCCAAUAUCGGACAUUUGGAAAACGCCAGUGGACUAGCAGCUGUGAUCAAAGCUGUGCUUGUUCUUACAAAAGGAAAGAUUCCACAAGCUGUGAACUUCAAGCGUCCCAGCUGCGACAUUCAAUGGAAAACAUGGAAUGUGGAUAUUCCAACCCAUUCCCGAGAGCUGGACUGUUCACAAGUCUCCGUCAAUAGCUUUGGGUACGGUGGCACGAACGUUCAUCUAAUCCUCGAAAGACCACCCGAGAAAGAGGAUGCCUGUGCAUUCCCAGAUGACCGAUCCGGAUCCCUCAUGUUUGUUCUGUCGGCUCGUUCGAACGACUCGGUGCGUGUCAGGGCCGAGCAGUUACAGGAAUAUCUGGAGCAAGCGGAACGAAGCAAGGAGCAAAGCUUCCUCGACUCUCUGGCCUAUACACUCUCCACUCGUCGUUCACUUUUUUCCUGGAGGACUGCGGUCGUAGCUAGCUCGGUGUCCGGUCUUCGUGACCGCCUGCGCUAUAUAAGUUACUCACACCAUCAACAGCCACCGCGGAUUGGUUUCGUGUUUACGGGCCAAGGAGCGCAGUGGGCAACGAUGGGCAAAGAGCUUUGGGACAAAAGCUCAGUCUUCCAGAAGUCUAUUGCAGUUGCAGAGAGAUGCCUCAACGACCUGGGGGUCGACUGGAAGCUCACAAACGAGCUGUGGAAAACCGACGAUGAGACCGGACUCAAUAGUGCAGUGUUAGCGCAGCCGGCUUGUACAGCGAUCCAGCUGGCAUUGGUUGACCUCUUGGCUUCUUGGAAUAUCCACCCGAGCGCUGUGACUGGUCACUCGAGUGGCGAGAUUGCUGCCGCAUACGCCUGCAAAGCAAUAUCAUUCCGCGACGCGAUCCUUGCGGCGUACGCGCGAGGCUCUGCCGCGGGUCAGAUUGCAGCGGAUAAGAGCGUCAAAGGUGCAAUGAUUGCUGUUGGUUUGGGACCCCACGACGUGCAGCCCUACAUCUCUGCAGCCUCUGAAGGCAUCGGUCUUGCUGCGGUUGCCUGUGUCAAUAGUCCGGGUGCUGUCACAGUGUCCGGUGAUAAUGCGGCUAUUGAUAUAUUGGAAACGCAACUGCGGCAGGAUGGCGUCUUUGCUCGCCGGCUUCCAGUCGAUGUAGCCUAUCAUUCGCACCAUAUGUUGCGCGUUGCAGGUGAAUAUCACGAUGCUCUUGCUACCAUGGAGCUAGCACGUUCCAACUCGAAUAUAUCGUUUUGCUCGAGUGUGUCUGGUAAAGUGACUGACGGAACCGAGCUGGGUCCCCGAUACUGGGUGCAAAACCUUGUCUCGCCUGUUCUUUUCUCUACCGCGCUGGAGAAGUUGGUAUUCUCAACAGAGCCCCAGCUUCUCGUUGAAAUCGGUCCGCAUUCCGCAUUGAAAGGCCCAAUCAGGCAGACCCUCAAGGCUGGGGAGAAGGAGGUUCCCUAUUCUUCGACUCUGCUCCGCCAUCAACGCGCCGAUCAAUGCCUGAUCGAACUUGCAUCCGAACUAUUCUCCCACGGUGCGGAUAUCGAAGUUCACAAAGUCAAUUCGAUGUCGGCUCCGGCGCAAUACCGUGCAUGUCUUGAAGACCUUCCCACUUAUCCAUGGGAUCAUUCUUCGGCCUUCUGGCAUGAGAGUCGGCUGAGCCGUAACUAUAGGAACCGAGAGGAGCCUCCACACACACUCCUGGGAGUACUCAGCCCGGAAUCCAGCUGGUUGGAACCUCGAUGGCGGAACUGUAUUAGUCUCGCGUCGCAUCCAUGGCUGGCGGGUCAUCGGAUCAACGGGGAUGCGGUCUUCCCUGCAACAGCUUUCAUGACGAUGGCUAUUGAAGCAGGCUUCAAGCUGGCAAGACAGCAGCUUGGCAAACGCCAGCACGAACCAAAUUACUCUAUCGAACUGGGUCAAGUCUCGAUCAGUAACAAGAUGACAAUUCCAAACUCCAGAUCUGUUGAACUUAUGUUCGUCCUAAGACCGGCCACGGAACUCGGUGGACGGGACCUCGCGCGCCGCCAUGAGUUCGUCAUCCACUCCUGCUCCGAUGCAGCGAACGUGGUAGAACACUGCCGCGGAUUCGUGAAAGUUGCAUUUGAUGACACCAGGUCAUCUUUGAACUUAUUAGAAUCACAGUUCGAUAGAACAACCCUGCCGGAGGUUCCACUAGAGACUUGGUAUGAUCGCUUGAAGCAAGUUGGCAUCGAUUACAACGAUCUAUUCACGGGGUUGGCCACCGCAACAGCAGGACGUGGAUAUUCUAGCGCCACGAUCACGUCUUUUCCACCCUCGGCUGAAUACAGCGCCAGUCUUCACCCUGCCACAUUGGAUCUAUGCUUGCAAACAAUGAUUGCGGCAACAGACUCUACGGAUCCUAUCCGCGGUCCUGUCAUGCCUACCUUUAUGCAAAAGGUCUCUGUGGCCAUCAGAAGCCGAGUCGACAACCAUAGCUGUAUGCGAGUUACUUCGAAGGUGAAGAAGCUUUCCGAACAAAAGCUUCUGGCUGAUAUCGAGGGUAUCAGCGCGGAUGGAAAUGAAGGAAAUGCAAUACUAGUCCUCUCAUUACAGGGCUUGGAAGCAACGUCAUUGAAUCUCCCAUUUGAGCCGGCGGAGCCGGAGCUUGACCAGGUGAAGGCCUGUCAAAAACUUGUUAUGAUGCUGGACCCAGACUACUUGACCAAUGCGGCAGUCAAUGAAAUAUGCAACGAGCCCCUGUCUCCGAUAUCUGUCCGGGCCAAGUUAAAAAGGCUGCGUGAUGCCUGCCGCAUCUACGCACAAGCGACUGUGCAGGAGAUGUCCGACGAUGAUGUCCAGCGAAUGACACCUUAUCAAAAGCAGUACAUGAGCUGGCUGCGAAAGCAAGCCAAUCUAUGUCCGCUUGGGUCAUCAUCAGAUCUUUUGGGGCAAUUAAGAAUAUCUGAUGCGGAAGGGCAGAUGGUCUGUCGCGUAGGGGAUAGUCUGUCAGCGAUCCUCAAGGGCUUACAAGACCCUCUUUCCGUGAUGGUUGAUGACAACCUUCUCUAUCGCCUAUAUGAGGACGACCAUAGUAUGCAGCGAUGUGCCAUUCAAGCUGCAGAAUAUGCCCGCAUGCUGUCUCUGAAGUCCCCGGGGCUGCGUAUCCUCGAGAUCGGUGCCGGGACAGGAGGAGCCACUCUUCCUGUAUUGGAAGCCCUGAGUAGAUCGGAUCAGACUCUGUGUUCCCAUUAUCGCUUUACUGAUAUAUCUGUUGGUUUCUUUGGCAAUGUAGGGAAGAAGCUUGAAAGAUGGCAAGGACUCGUUCAAUACCAGAAGCUGGAUAUUGAAAAGGAUCCGGAGCAACAAGGCUUUGAGCCUGCCGACUAUGACCUUGUGAUCGCGGCCAACGUUCUGCACGCCACUACCUAUAUUGACAAGACAGUCAAACAUGUCCGACAAUUACUAAAGCCGGGAGGUAAACUACUACUACUUGAGAGCACACAACCGACUGUCCACCGCUCAUUUGUCUUCGGCCCGCUCCCGGGCUGGUGGUUGGGGGCCACCCAGCGCAACAAAGACAGCCCAUUGCUCAGCGAACAAGAAUGGAAUCAAACACUCCAAAGCCUCGGCUUCAGUGGCCUAGACUCAAUUUUAUAUUCCUAUCCUGAUGUGGAAGAUCAAAUUGAUAGUUUGAUUAUCUCCACUGCCAGAACCAACGGGACCCACUUAACGGAUGUGGCUAAAACGGCGCUGGUUUUAACACACAAUCAGUUGUUGGAGCAGGAUAAGAGUCUAGGCUACCAGGUUGCCCAACACAUUUCUUCCAAGAUGCCUACGAUUGCAGUCGAGAUCCUCCCACUUGGAGACAAUCGGGUACACGAUCGAACGUGCAUCAUGUUGACCGAUCUUGACGGGCCGUUCCUAGGUAAUUUGGGGCAAACAUGCUUUGAUGACUUAAAGCAUAUCCUGAAAACAGCCCAUGAUAUUAUUUGGGUGACACGAGGAGCGACUGAUCAAUGCCACAAUCCGAUGUCGAGUUUGGUUUCCGGGAUGGCACGAGUUCUGAGACAUGAGAACCCUCAUGUUCCGAUCGCCACCAUUGACCUUGAUUCAGAAAGGGAUGCACCACCCCAAGAUACGGCAACAAAGAUUCUGACCUUCAUCCAACAAUAUAUCUCCAGCUCACAAAAGAAUGACGUGGAAUGGUUCGAGCGCAACGGAAAUUGGUGUGUUCCUCGUUUGGUUGAGGACACGACCAAGACGGAGUUUGUUCGUUCCCACUCCAUGACAUAUACACCUAGUAUACCUCAGCUAGAGCCCUUCUACCAAGAGGAACGACCCCUACGUCUGAGUGCGAGGCAUACAGCGGGCUUGCAGGGAAUAUCAUUCAUUGAUUGUCCUGAUCUUGAGGCACCACUUUCCUGCGACCAAAUUGAGAUUGAGGUCAGAGCAUCUGGUGUCAACUUCAGAGAUAUUAUGGUCUCCUUGGGACAAAUGCCAGACGAAGAUGUUGCGGAGGUCGCUGGUGUCGUGACAAAGGUUGGGCGGGAUUCGCAGCAUCAAUUCGCGCAGGGAGAUAGGGUUUACACAUGGCACGUGCCUCGAUUUGCCAGCCACGUUCGGUGCCCAUCGUUCAACGUACAGCGCAUUCCAGCUGAUGUCUCCUUCGAACAAGCCGCAUCCGUUCCCAUAAUCUACAAUACGGCUUAUCACUGUCUCGCUACUGUGGCGCAACUGCGUCCUGGUGAAACGAUACUGAUACAUUCUGGUGCUGGAGGAGUUGGCCAGGCUGCGAUUGUUCUCGCGCAGUACCUCGGAGCGACGGUAUUCGCGACUGUUGGUACGAACAAGAAGAAGCAGCUGCUCAUCCAGCAGUAUGGCCUUUCUGAGUCUCAUAUCUUCUCCAGCCGGUCAACUGCAUUUGUCAGUCAGAUCCAAGCGGUGACUAAAGGCCGAGGCGUGGAUGUCGUUCUAAACGCGUUGUCCGGUGCUUUCUUGCAGGAAUCUCUCGAUGUAUUGGCCCCACUUGGUCGAUUCGUGGAGAUUGGCAAGAGCGAUAUUCUUGCUCAUGCUCGCCUUGAUAUGAGCAUCUUUUCACGCGCAAUAUCCAUCUCCGCCGUGGAUAUCGUUCAGCUGAUGCGAGAAAAGCCACAGUACAUGGCAGAUGUCUUUGCUCGAGUACACCAGAUGCUAGCUGAGCAUCAAAUUAGGCCUGCAUCUCCUCUCACGUCCUUCCCAAUUUCAGAACUAGAGCAAGUGUUCCGCACGAUGCAAAAGGGGCAGCAUGUGGGCAAGCUGGUCGUCACACAUGGCCGCGAUGAUGAAGUCAAAGUUUUACCACGGGUGUCCCCUCUAGUGCGACUGCGACCAGACGCGACCUACCUCAUUGUUGGAGGGCAAGGUGGCCUAGGACGUGCACUUAGUGUUUGGAUGGCAAAGUGCGGUGCUCGAUGCAUCGUUGCUUUGUCUCCCUCGGGUGCCGGGAGACCUCUUACGCGUGGCCUCAUUGAGGAGCUGGCACAGAUGAAGGUUGAUUUCCAUGCGAUCUCGUGUGACAUUGGCGAUCGUCAUCAGCUUCGGGCUGUUUUGAUGGAAAAGACAAAGGCUCUGCCUCCUAUCCAUGGCAUUGUCCAUGCUGGGCUGACACUAAAGGACUCGAGUUUCGACAACAUGACUCUUGAAUCUUUCCAGCAAGUGUUACAGCCCAAAGUCACCGGAACUUACAACCUUCAUGAAUGUCUUCAAGACCAGCCGCUCGACUUCUUCAUCAUGCUCUCAUCCUAUGUCGGAUUGCUCGGCAGCACCGGACAGGCUAAUUAUGCCGCCGCAUCCACAUUCCAGGAUGCUUUUGCCCGCUGGCGGACGAGUCUCGGAAAACCCACAUAUUCGUUAGAUCUGGGCACUGUUAGAGGCGCCAGCUACUUCCAUCAGAGCCCUGAAGCGUUGGCCCACUAUGAGAAGAUGGGCCUCGGUGGAAUUCCCCUGUCUGCGCUACACGCCCUUGUUGGCUACGCCAUGUCAAACCCUCCUACUCAUUAUUUCGACAGCCAGGUUGCCAUCGGAUGGGCACCACCGAGCACAUGGUCUCCAGCCCAGUACGCUGCUCUAGAUCCACUCGUCUCGCACCUUUCUUUAUCACCGGUGCAUCAAUCCCACAAGGAGUCACGCAGGGAUUCUGGCGUAGACAUGCAGGAAACCCAGCCUCUGUCUCAGAUUCUGUCCCAGUGCCAGGGCCCGAAGGAGCGUACCUCUGCUAUCAUCGAAGCACUGACCGAGCAAAUUGUUGAUAUCCUGGGGGUUGCUGCAGAAGAUGUCAAUGCCGGCAAAUCAAUCGGAGACCACGGAGGCGACUCACUGGUUGCCAUCGAGUUCCGUAACUGGUUUCAUAAGGAGGUUGGCUGUACGUUCACCACAGAACAGGUGACGAACCAGCUUUCUCUGGAGCAACUGGCCGUUCAAGCUGCUGGCUGA